AUGAUGUGAUACGAGCGCGCGCCGCUUCUCUUCGGUAGGAAUGCCAUUUCAUUUCCAUGAGACCCCCGAUCACAUCGUUCAAUCGUCCGUCAACAUGGUUGACAUCCGACAGAAGACUAAAGGACGUGCAUCUUAGUGGAGAGCGUUUGCGAGAGAUAUAAUCAUCGGACUUCAGGUGUUUGAUAGUGCCAUUGAAUUGCGUGAUGGCCGUAAGGAAGCGUGUGGAGGCAGUGCUGAAUGUGGGCCUGCGGGUCCCCAGUAUCAUGCUGCUGGAGGUGCUGUACCGCUGGGAUGUCAGCUCCUUCUUCCAGAAGAUCCAGAGGAGCAGCCUCAACAAUAACCCCCUCUUCCAAUACAAGUACCUGGCCCUCUAUCUACACUAUGUGGGCUACAUUCUGAGUCUAGUGCUCCUCACUCUGCCCCGACAGCAUCUGGUGCAGCUCUACCUGUAUGUGCUCACCGCUCUCCUGCUGUUUGCUGGUCAUCAGAUCUCCAGGGACUAUGUACGCAGUGAGCUGGAGUCUGGAUAUGAGGGCCCGCUGUACCUGGAGCCUCUGUCCAUCAACCGUUUCACUACUGCGCUCAUCUGUCAGCUGGUGGUGUGCACCUUGUGUUCCUGUGUGAUGCAGACCAAGCGCAUAUGGCUGUUCUCAGCGCACUUGCUCCCUCUAGUGGCCAGGCUGUGCCUAGUCCCUUUGGAGACCAUCGUUUUUGUAAAUCGUUUUGCCAUGAUUUUCACAGGGCUGGAAGUCAUCUACUUCUUGGCCUCCAAUCUGUUAGUGCCAUUUAACCUGGCAAAGACGGCAUACCGGGAGCUUGCACAGGUGGUGGAGGUGUAUGGGUUGCUUGCUCUCGGCAUGUCUCUCUGGAAUCAGCUUGUUCUGCCAGUGUUGUUCAUGUGUUUCUGGCUGGUUCUGUUCACGCUGCAGAUCUACACAUACUUUAGCACACGAGAUCAGCCCACGUCCAGAGAGAGACUGCUGUUUCUUUUUCUAACCAGUAUUGCAGAAUGUUGUUGUACUCCAUACUCUCUGCUGGGUCUGGUCUUCACCGUGUCAUUUGUUGCAUUGGGAGUGCUCACUCUUUGCAAGUUCUACCUGCAGGGUUACAGAGCUUUCAUGAAUGACAAUACCAUGCACAGGGGCAUGACGGAGGGAAUCACGCUUUUGAUCCUCGCCGUACAGACCGGACUGAUCGAGCUACAGGUCAUCCACAGAGCUUUUCUUCUCAGCAUCAUCCUCUUCAUUGUUGUGGCCUCCAUCCUACAGUCUAUGCUGGAGAUAGCUGAUCCCAUAGUGCUGGCACUGGGAGCCUCCAGAGACAAGAGCUUAUGGAAGCACUUUCGCGCGGUUAGCCUGUGCUUGUUCUUGCUCGUGUUCCCGGCGUAUAUGUCCUACAUGAUCUGUCAGUUCUUCCACAUGGACUUCUGGCUGCUUAUCAUCAUCUCCUCCAGUAUUCUAACCUCGCUGCAGGUGCUGGGCACACUGCUGAUCUAUGUGCUGUUUAUGGUAGAGGAGUUCCGCAAGGCUCCGGUGGAAAACAUGGAUGAUGUCAUCUACUGGGUGAACGGCACCUACAGGCUGCUGGAGUUCCUGGUGGCCUUGUGCGUGGUUGCUUACGGUGUGUCGGAGACUGUGUUCGGAGAAUGGACCGUGAUGGGCUCUACCAUCGUGCUCAUCCAUUCUUACUAUAAUGUCUGGCUGAGGGCCCAGCUGGGCUGGCAGAGUUUCCUGCUCCGCAGAGAUGCUGUCAACAAGAUCAAGAGCCUGCCUACAGCUUCUCACCAACAACUUAAGCAGCACAAUGACAUCUGUUCCAUCUGCUACCAGGACAUGAAAUCAGCUGUGGUCACCCCCUGCAGUCACCUUUUCCAUGCUGGGUGCUUAAAGAAGUGGCUGUAUGUUCAAGAGACUUGCCCUCUUUGUCACAACCAGCUAAAAGGGUCCUUACAGACCGGCUCUUCAACACAAGAUGCCACACCACAUGAGGCCCCUCCACAGCCUGCGGGUGGUCUUGAUCCCGUACAGCACCCUGAAUUGGAGGCUCCCCGGCAAGACGACAUCACCCAAGCUCCAGACAUAGAGCUCAUAGCCAAACUAAACGACGAGAGUGGUAUGGAGGAAUUAGUCCCCGGUGACCCUCCAGCCUGCUCCUCCUCGGGCUAAAACCUGUCCUAUUAAGCUGCCUUGAGUAAACUCAGCUCUAAACACUGCUGGCCAACAGGGGGCGUCGCAGUUGAGAAUUUGCUAGGAAACUUCUAGCUUUCUCUGUGACUGCAAUGUCACCUAUACAGAAUGCUCCAUAGACAUGUUUACAAUCAAAACCCUCUCAUCUGCAACAUAAGUAUUCGCAGAAGUUUUACCGACAGAUAUUUUAGUCUGAGGUGAAACUAAUCACCUCUUCUUCAUCUUGAUGUAUGGAUUGAGGACCCAAACACCAGCUCUUCCCUAAACUCCAGCAAACACCAAUGUGAAUGUGAUGUGACCCUUAAAUAUAGUGCUGUGAUGCUGUGUAGGCAUUAGCACAUAUCCACUAGCACGCUCUCGCUAUCCAAUAGUGGUAGGCCGUCUUUUUCUGUUCUCUGUUUCUUUUUCGGAAAGAAUAUACUCUAAAAUAUAUAUAUAUAUAUGCCACUGCAUUUGCACUAAUGUAAUAUAAAGCAAUGCUCCAAAGUUUGUCUUGUCUGAUACCAAAUAUUUUGGUGUGUAUGCGUUUUAUCGACUUGUGUAUUAAGUAUACCGUGUACAAAUAUGUAUGUAAAGGAAUUUUGAUAUGCAGAAGUACAGAGUGCACCAGGUGUCGUGAAGUGGCCUGUGGUUUAUAUGAACGCUGCAUUGUUAGUGCGCCCUCUAGCGGUGGUAGCGGGAAACGCCAUUGGCCACGGAUAAGAACUGGUGACAGUUUAGGAGUCGGUUUCCUUCUCAGUAUUUGGCAUUUAUUGCAUUUGUGAGCAUGAAUACAUUCAAGGAUGUAUGAGCACACUUUGCGAAUGCCAGUUUUUAAGUUCAUAUAUUUUAGAAACUACUACUUUAAAUGACGUCUUGAAUUGUUUUUUUAAAGGAAUAUUCGUUUAUAUGUGGAAUGCCAGAUAUUUUCUGAAAGGCUGUUGUGGAUGUUUUCCUAUGUAAACGGUUAAUUUGAAAGGGAAUGAAUAGUAUAACCCAUAACUCUCUGAAUUCGACCCUCUAGUUUGCCUUUAUACUGCAUACUUGGAAUGAUGUUCUUUGAAGGCUGACUUUUGUUGGAAUUGCAGUGGAAAUCCAGUAAAAUAUGCCUGAGGUCUGAACGUGAACCUGAAUGUCAGAAUAAAUCCAAACUUCACAU